AUGCCGCCUGUUUGGCUACGCAAGAAGAAGGCCGGAGGGCAGAACAGUGAUUCUGCUGCCAACGGUCACAGCGCCUCUGCUGCUAACGGUCACGGCCCUUCUGCGUCCAACGGCCAUGAUGCCUCUCACCCGGAUGGUAAGUUAUUCAGGGCCAACAUCUUUACAGGCGAAAUUCAGUGGAUUGACGAGUCCGAAGCUGGCCCUAACGGCCACCAUGCUCCCCGGGACGACGACGACUCGGACGUUUCUGGCUACGAGGACAACGACGAUGACAGCCUGAUUUACGACUCUGAAGAGUACGAGGUCGAUUACGCGUAUGUGAUUGACAUCGCUAAGAGCACCGCCGCCGUCGAAGCCUUCCACAACGCCGACACCACCCACCGGAAUAUCGAUCUGCGCCUCGCUCCCCUCCGUGGCCGUGAGAACUUCACAGCCUGGUUCACCGGCAUCGAAAUCAUCCUCCGCCAGCACCAGGUCUGGACCGUCUUCAACCCCAGCAGCGCCGAAAGGAUCAAGCGUAUUCCCAAGGGCCACCCGCUUCGCCCGGAGUGGGAGCGUAUGGUAGACAUCGUGGUUGCGGUGAUCUUUGCCAACGUCUGCGAGAGAAUCCGGAAUACCCCCUGCUUCUGCUCUGCGAUUAUGUGCCGCCGUCCUGUCUUUUUGCUUAACCAUCUCUUCUCGCACUACAGCAACUUCGCUCCUGAUUCUGAUGAUGAGGAGGAAGACUUUGAUGAUGAGAAGGUGGAUGACAGUGAUAAGAACUGA